GUUUACAUGAUGUGGAGCAUUGGGUUGAUGUUCUAUCUUGCAAACAGUUUGGGCCUGUGGCCACACCUAUUGAAUUAGCUGCUUCCUGUCCUGGCCUCUGGAAACUGGCUAUAUAUGGCUGGACCUGUGCCCACUUUUGGAGUAACACUGUCCUGAGAGAACUCUGCCCAGCAGUCUGCGCCCUGGUCGCCUCCUACCGCUGCUCUGCUGCGCCUGAAAACGAGGACAAACCCGUCCCACCAGUCCAGACCAGAAAUGGCAGCCUACCGGACCAGGACGACGCUUGAGGAAAAUGACGAAGUUCAUUCAUCAGAUUUGGGGUUGUCUCGGGAUCCCGGGUGUAAUAUACCGAAGAGACAUGCCCGGGUUACCGUGAAGUACAACAGGAAGGAGCUGCAGAAGCGGCUGGACGUGGAGAAGUGGAUCGACGAGAGCCUGGACCGGCUGUACUCGGGUCAGGAAGGGGAUAUGCCAGAGGAGGUGAACAUUGAUGACUUGAUUGACCUGCCUAAUGAUGAGGAGCGAGUCAAGAAGUUACAGGAGCUUCUUCGAAAGUGCAGCAACAACACGGAGACCUUCAUCAGAGAGCUGGUGGCAAAACUGGAGGGAGUUCACAAGCAGGACGAGCUGCAGAGCGAAGGCAUCGAGCACCCGGUCAUCUGCCACAGCCACUACCGCCAUGAGCCCUACCACUUUAACAACCCACACCAACACCAACAACGCCACAUACACCCAGUAGGCAAUUUGAGGAGGGGGGAAGGGGGAUGCCACCCCUCUUGUUAGCAAAAUGACCAAAAUCCAUCCCCCUUGUUAACCUGCUCAAAAGAUGCUCUGUGCUUUGUCUCUUUUUGUUAAAAAUGAACAAAUCGCCUACUGCUUACACAACACCCGAGGCCAACACCAGACCCUCUGACGACCCCCCCAACCACAUGUACACACAUUGUCAUGACAUGAAAACAAAAAUGUCAGUUGGAUUGGACUAUGGAAAGCAAAGCUCAUGGGAGGAAAAAUCUACCCCUAAAACUUAUUAGAAAUAGUUCUAUAGUUUUGGGAAAUACGCUUAUUUGCCUUUUUUGCCUAAAGUUAGAUGAGAAGAUCAAUACACCUGCACUGUAAGUAUGAAGCUACAGCCAGGGGGCAAUUUUCCUAGCUUAGCAUAAAGACUGGAAACAUUGGAAAACAGCUGGCCUGGCUCUGUCCAAAGAUAACAAAAUCCACCUACCAGCACCUCUAAAGCUCACUGAUUAACACGUUAUAUCAUGUGGAGUCUCUACUGGUUGCCUGGCAACCUCAAAGUGACGACAAGACAGGAAGUCACUGCUCUUGUCCAAGAAAUAGUCCAGCAGGUAGCCUGAAAACCACAACUUGUAAUUUUUACACUUCAGUAUUUGUACAGAUUAAACAAACAAGAUGUAACGUGUUAAUUAGUGAGCGUUAGAGGUGCUGGUAGGCAGAUGUUGUUACCUCUGGACAGAUUCAGUAAUUAAUGUAGCGUAACUGAUAUUAUAAAGAGUGCGGUCUAGACCUGCUCUAUAGGAAAAGCGCAAUGAGAUAACUUCUGUUAUGAAUUGGCGCUAUAUAAAUAAAAUAGAAUUGAAUUGAAUUCAGUCUGGCUGUUUCCCCCUGCUUUCAGUCUUUAUGCUAAGCUAAGCUAACCAGCUGCUGGCAGUAAACAUAUAUUUAACAGACAGAAAUGAGAGUGGUAUCAAUCUUCUCAUCUAACUCUCUGCAAGAGAGCAAAUACGCAUAUUUCUUAAAAUGUCGAACUAGUCCUUUAACCACUUUUUAAAAAACAGCUAUUUGUGACAUAUCUCAUGGGUGGUCAUGAAAUAGAAAUAAGCGAGGGCAAGGGCUUUACUCUCGAGAUGCCGUUUAGCACAAAUAGUCAGUAAAUCAUACAGGAAGAAGUACAUCAUGGAAAUUAAACUUUUUCCACUCACAGUAUCCCCAAAAGACCUUUAAUUUGCAGCACCAGAACACGUGACCCUCACUUUCACUCGACUGGAAAAAACUGUCACUAUAUAGCUCUUUGUAUUAAUAUCACUCUCUCCAUGUACAUGUGGGUGUGGUUGUGUUUUAUACAGUCUCUGGGUUGGAUGCAACUGUUUCAGGCGCUAACUGAUGAAGUAGCUGAUGAAAGUAGAUGAAGGAAAGUAGGAUCAACAAAAAAGAGAAUGUACAGCUCUUCCUUUAAAAAAACCCAUCCUGGUAUGAAUUCAACAUCACACACUGAUCAUCCAAGGGUGGAUUUUACAUUGAAAACAUCACUGUCUGGCUUCAACACUGAACUGUACUGUGACACAUGUACAGUAUGUUCCACCUUCCACUGAACACGUGCAUCUUAGCUGCACCACGUUUUACAUAACACUGUUAGAUUAGAUGCUAGAUGUUAGAUUAAAUAUAUUACUUAUUUAACAUAUGUUCAAUUAUGAUGGUCAUGAAUGUUAUUUAUUGUCAUGAUUACAGGAAAUGGAGAUAGAUCCGACAUGGCGUAUGAUGUAACACUGGAAAUAAUCCUGUUGCAGUUUUUUAAUAUAUCACUAUCAUUCAUCCCUUCUGUUUUUGAGAUGUAUUGUUACUACAUUUUCAGUUUUGUCAGAACAUUUACUAUUUUGUAUUCUGUAAAGAGACACUAGCCCUUAGCAGGAAUUGCUAAUAAAACUAUUUCUUUCA